AUGGACAAGGCCGUGUUCGCGAAGCCGCAGGCCGUGCGGCGACAGUUCGUCGAGCUCUCGGGUCCCCAGCUGCGUGCGCUCCUCUUCAACUUCCGCCCCGACGCAAUGGCACCUGAGAAGGUGGCCGAGGAGUGGAAGAAGACGGCUGCCAUGAUGGCCUCGCAUGAGGGCGGACCUCUCCUGCUUGCUGAUCCUCUUCUCGGCCCUAUGCGAGGGUGA